AUGACCUCCUCCUCGACCUCCGCCCAACCCGGCGACUCAAACAUUUCAUGGCCCACCGAGCGCAUCCCUCAACACCCUGAAGAAGAAUGGCACCCUUCAUUCACAUCGCAUCGUAGCCCCUCCGUCUCUAGCUCCAUCUCCAAUUCAAGCUCCGAACCCCCCGAGAUCGACCCAACAAACCUCCCCGCCGGCACGAGAUCGCUCUCGGGAAUCUCUCUACGCGCCUUCUUGCUCGGUACAAGCCUCGGCCUCACAACAGGCUUGACGCUAUACCUAGCAAUUCUCCCCACACCCUUCUGGCGCAUUCCGUUCUUUAUCGGCGCCCUCAGUCUGUUCCACUUCCUCGAGUUCAUCGUCACGGCCCAGUAUAAUACGCCUUUCGCGACCGUCAAGGCUUUCCUCCUUUCUUCGAACGGGUGGGCUUACAAUGCUGCGCAUGGGUCUGCGUUGGUGGAAUGCUUAGUUUCACAUUAUUUCUUCCCGGGACAAUGGACGCUAGGCAGGAUGCUUUCGUUCGAAGGGCCGUUUGGUCAUGUGUCCCUGUUGCUUGUGCUGGGUCUUGUGCUCACGGUCGUGGGACAGGCCAUUCGGACAGGGGCGAUGGCUACCGCGGCGGGGAAUUUUAACCAUCACGUUCAGAGUGAGCAUAGGUCGGGCCAUGUGCUUGUGAAGAGUGGGUUGUAUCGAUUUCUGAGACACCCGAGUUACUUCGGGUUCUUUUGGUGGGGGCUUGGGACGCAGUUGAUUCUAGGGAAUGUGGUUUGUUUUGUUGGGUAUGCGCUUGUGUUGUGGAGGUUCUUUGCGACCAGGAUUAAGCGCGAGGAGGCGUUCUUGAUCCAAUUCUUCGGUGCCGAGUAUGUUCAGUACAGGAAGGAUACACCGGUUGGCAUCCCCUUUGUUCGUUAA